AUGGCUGAACUGUGUGCUGACAACGGUCCCGCUCGGCUGGGCGACGCCGACAAGGUGAAAGCACUUGUCGCAGCGCGAGCCGACUUGGCAGCCACCGAGCCUUUGGAGGGGCGCGCAGCCGUGCACCAGGCAGCCAUCGGAGGUCAUGCAGAAGUCCUUCGCAUCCUGGCCCGUGCCCGCGCUGACCUAGGAGCCCGGGAUGUGCGGCGCCUUUGCGCCGUGCACCUGGCAGCCGACGCCGGCCAGGUCGACGUGCUCCGCUUCCUCCGCAGCGCCGACCCACACCUGCUGGACGCACCUGACGGCGCGGGGAAGAGCGCAGUGCACCGAGCAGCGCAGAGAGGCCGCAUCGACGUCCUCGAAACCUUGGAGGAGCUGGGCGUCGACCUCUUUGCCGAAGCCCCGAGCGGCAAGACGGCCGCGCACUUUGCUGCUGAGGCUGGGCAAAGCAAGGUGCUGGAGUUCCUACCACCCA